AUGGCGCGGCUGUCCUACGCCAUCUACAUGUGGGACCAGGACGACCUGGCUCUGCUGGAGAAGGCCAAGCGCGCAGAGGAGGGCAGAGAUUCCUACAUCCGUCUCUCUGCCAAGGAGCUGGCGCGUCACUGCCGCCGCUACACGCGCGGCGCGGCAGAGACGGAGAGGCUGAUCCAGGAGCUCCUGGAUCAGUUCUGGGACCUGCGAAACGAUCUGGGCGUCGUCCUCAUCGAUCAUGAAAGGAUGGAGGCGAUUUGGAGCGUGCAGCGUCGUCACCUGAGCUGCAUCCAGGAUCCCCCGGGAGUGGCGCUCUACACUAAGACGGGGGAGCUGACCAAGGGAGGGAUCCGGCUCCCCGUCUACCGCUGCGCCCGAGGAUCCACUUCACUGGAGUCCUUCCACCUUCACCUGAACGGCUUCAUACCUGGCACGUCAGCCAGUGCCCUGCACUUUCAGGUGUACUUGCUGGAGGGCCUGGUACGAUGGAAUGAAGACCGCGGCAGAGCUUCAGUGGAAGGAGCCCAGAGGCUGGUCCCGCGCUGCUACGAUGCCCUGCUGCAGGAUUACCUAAAGCGGCUGACCCAAGAGUUUAUGGGUAUGACGGUGGUGGAGACAUACACCCAGCCUGGAGAGUACACAGGUGAGCUGAUUGGGGUGGAGUACCUGUUUUCCCAGACGGGUGCCGUGCUGGAGGAUUUGGGCCGGGAUCCAGACGCUCCCGACGGCCUGGAUGAGGCUGACGUGGAGGUUGUGGAUAAUGAUGAGGGGGAGGAGGACGAGGGGUUUGGGGAGCUGCAGGACAUGCAGUUUCUGCAUGACCAGCCUGCUGCUGCUGCUGCUGCUGCUGCUGCUGCUUGUUCAGCUGACACCGACCCCGUCUCACGGGAAGAAUCCGCUGUGGAGACGGGAAUGGAUGUCGCAGAGGGUGACGGCCCUGUAGGUGUAACACAUUAGACAUAACCCAGCAUUUGACUGUGUCUUUUUGGUUACGAUGUGGAUAUUUAGAAACAUCAAGGGUAUCUUCUGAGGACAAAUCCCUUGCCUGGCACUCCCCAUGGAGAUCAUCAUCCUCCUCACCCGCCACAAGCACUGCCAACAUUGCUUUUCCAGAGGCUGCCACCACCGCUGCCACCAACGCCGCCGCUUCA